AUACAUGCAUAGAAGAAGAAGUUUGUGUCUUGUCCAAUCAGAGGCCACGUUGCUUCAUUUACUACGCAUGCGCUGUACGGCAAGUGUCUCAUGUGCAGUACGUCGUGUCCGGUGGAGGUCAUAGACGCCUGACUAAAACUGAGGUCGCUGUCAUGGCUAAGCUAUUUGAGUCUAUUGGGAAGUUGGGAUUGGCCCUUGCCAUCGGUGGAGGCGUUGUAAACUCUGCCCUUUUCAAUGUUGAUGCUGGGCACCGGGCUGUGAUAUUUGACAGGUUCAGAGGAGUCCAAGAAGAGGUUGUUGGUGAAGGCACCCACUUCCUAAUUCCCUGGGUUCAGAAACCGAUUGUCUUUGAUUGCCGCUCCCGCCCACGCAAUGUGCCUGUCAUUACAGGCAGCAAAGAUUUACAGAAUGUGAACAUCACGUUGCGUAUCCUUUUCCGUCCGGUCACAAGCCAGCUACCACGCAUAUUCACCAGUAUUGGUGAAGACUAUGAUGAGAGGGUUCUACCGUCUAUCACCACAGAGGUCUUGAAGGCUGUAGUUGCUCGGUUUGAUGCUGGUGAGCUCAUCACCCAGAGAGAGCUUGUGUCUCGGCAGGUCAGCGAAGACCUUACAGAAAGAGCCUCCACCUUUGGCCUUAUCUUGGAUGAUGUUUCCUUGACACACUUGACGUUUGGCAAGGAAUUCACAGAGGCUGUUGAGAUGAAGCAGGUGGCUCAGCAGGAAGCUGAGAGGGCCCGUUUUGUCGUAGAAAAGGCAGAGCAACAGAAGCAGGCUGCCAUCAUCUCAGCAGAGGGAGACUCUCAGGCUGCCUUGCUUAUUGCCAAUUCUCUAAUGGAGGCUGGUGAUGGCCUGGUAGAGCUACGUAAGCUAGAGGCAGCUGAGGACAUCGCUUUCCAACUCGCCCGCUCCCGUAAUGUCACUUACCUGCCCUCAGGGCAGGGCACGUUGCUCCAGUUGCCUCAGUGAUAGCACUUCAUCCGAUGUCCACCCUACGCUUGCUGUCACCAGCUAUUACAUGAGCCAUGGAAGGGGUGGUUGGAGGAUUCAAUGAAGGACUCUUCAAACUUCAAAUGCAUUCCUCCCACUCUGUCUCUUCUUCCAGCUGUGGGCCGGGCUCUGCUGAUGGCAGCAUGGUGGGAGACAAAGUGAGAGUCUGAGACAAAUACAUUUCCACCCAUGUAUAAGGAUGUGGAGGGUCCGAUCCUUCCAUUCGUAGUAAUUGUUGUAUAUCUAGCCCUUUUCAAAAAGAAUUGAUAAUGUAGUAAAUUAAAUAAAGUUGUAUUUGCUGCAUUGUUUCAGAUUCAGAGCACUGCAUGUCUGGAAAUCAACAAUUCUUCUUCUUUUUUUUUUUUUUUUUUUUAAAUCAAGGUUAUUUUUUUUGAUUUAGUAAUUUUAACAUUUAGUUCCAAGAAGUCAUAAUGCUGAGUGUUCUUGUCUUGCUGGGAAGCUUCAUGAGACUUCUAUCAUUGGAAAUAAUUAAAUUUGUCAGUGUUCUGAUUCCUAGGUGUUAAAUUUGGCAACAUACAUUUGCUUUUCCAGCAUAUAUUUGCUACACCCAGUCAACUGAACCUGUCAGAAGAUGUUUGUUUUUUUUUAAACAUAUGUCUCUGUAUCUUUUGUGUGGAGACAAUGCAGUUCCAAUAUUUCAGAAAUUGCUCAAUUCAACAAUAAAUUUCUUUCUACCUCCCGGUA